AUGGCUAAAGUGAUUGGUAAGCCACUAAAGGUUGAUGCUCCAACCCUAAAUCUCACGCGGCCCUCAGUGCCACAAUUUUGUGUUGAAGUAGAUCUUACGAAGGAGUUCACAAAAUCUGUUAAGCUUGGGAAAAAGGGGAAAAAGCACGAGCAACUCUUCACGUAUGAGCAUGUCUCAGCCUAUUGCUCAAAUUGUUGUAAAAUUGGCCACAAGGCGGAAGAUCGCAAGAAGGGUGUUGCAAAAAAGCCGGCUAAACAGCCUAAGCAGAAAAAUGCUUCCAAGGAAUCGCAGCCAAAACACAUACUCAAGAAGCCUGAAAACCCUAAUCUGGUUCAGAAGGUUUCAAAUGUUGUAAAGGCCAAUGGUUCUUCCGGCCUAACGGAGACGGAUAAGGAGGAGCCUGUAACUUCUGUUGCUGCAACGCCGCUCGCAACUGAGGCUGCGACUGAGAUUGUGACGGUCGAAAAGGCAGCAACGGUGAUGACAAACCGUUUUGAUGUUCUGGAAACAAUCACUAAAGUGGAUACAGAAGAGCCACAGCUGGAAUGGAUUCAUGAAGUGGAGAAUGCAACAGUGGCCAUGGUUGAAUCGCAAUCCCAGGCAGCAACGCCUGGGAUUGCAUCUAAAAUGGUUGUGUUUGGAGCUGCGCUUGAUGCUGCGAUUGUCGAGACUGAAGCUGCGACUAUUGAGAAGGGUAGUGAUGUAUUAAUCAAGACUAUUGAUGCCGAUACUGAGGUGCAUGAUGGCUCUCCACUGUUGGAAGAAAAUGAAUCCUCGCAAUUGGAAGAAAUCGAAGGCCCGCAGGUAAGAAACCCUAGCUUGGCUCAGCGCGCGUUAACGAUGCUGGAAAGUGGUAUGUUGCUGCUGGUGGGGCAAUACUCUGAUGAUGGCGAUGUUGAAAAUAUACAGAAGAUAUGGUACUUGGUGACGUUGAGCAGGAAAGCUGGUCUGAAGGAGAUGUCAAAGGAAAUGACUCGGUGGUGCAUGAACCAGCGCAAGGGGUGGUUUUAG